AUGUUUGUGAUAUCCCACGACGUGCUGGAUCGGGAGCACGCACGAUCUCAUGUGCUACCACCCAACAGCACAAGUCGAGGUAAUCCAAGACACUCGAGUGUGACACGAACCAAUCGUAAGGCUGGACUGGUUUGUGUUGUGUUGAUUGGUCUCUGUUGCAGCCAACGCCACAACGGCGACCCUUUUCUGUGUCACAAACGCCUGUUUCUGACCAAGAUCUUCUACGCCCCUAUUGAGAUGAUCUGCCACUAUCACAAUGUCUCAAAUCGACAUCGGAUCCGGGGCCGAAGAAUCGCGGACACGCCCAAUGUCUCUACAAGUUGCGUGAACACCUACCUAUCCAAGACGCAGGGCGCGUAA